ACUUCUCAUUCUGUCCGUGUUAUCAUAAUGCUAUCGUUUUCGCUCGUAUUAAAACUGACUUUCAAACGUUACUCGUAACACCCGCAUAAUAAUUUACUUGGUUGUUCCGCGAGGUAAAAUCCGCAACCAUUACAAUCAAUUAUUGCAUUGAGUGAACAAUGCUAAAUACGGACAUGGCCUGUCAACUUUUUAUUUCUACAGCCUGUGCACUCAUGUAUUUACUUUUGAAUUUUGGAAUGUGUCAAGAUGUUUCUACAUCAGGGGAUGAUGUCUUUGACGGAUAUCGUUAUGUUGUCUACCAUGGUUUUGAUGGUGUCUACGGAACUUUCUCAGGCGCACGUGCUCACUGUCAAAGCAUUGGAGGUGCUUUGCCCAUCAUCACAUCAGCUGCACAAAACGAGUUUAUUGCCUCAAAGUUAACCUUUGGGCAAGGAAAUUAUUACAUUGGCUUAGAAGAUCUGGAUGGGAAUGGCCAGUACAAUUGGAUUGAUGGAACGACACCUGGGUAUUCAAACUGGGAUAGUAAUCUAUUCUCCCUUUCAAAACCAUACUGUGCUGUGAUGAGGUCUAGAAAUACCCUUAAUGAUGCUGAUCAUGGACGUUGGAAUCGAGUAACAUGUACGUCAUCAAGACGACGUAUCUGCCAAAUGCCACUAGUGAGAAUAAACAGGACAGAUGAAGCGAUUCCGCAGGGAGUGGUAGAAGUCUAUUCUGGUCGUUGGGGUUCUGUCUGCCUUGAUCAUAGUAUCACAGAAAGCGAUGGACAUGUCUUGUGCCGGACGAUAGAUUAUCCGGGACUUGUUUCUUGGCAUGGAAUCAGUGCAAGGAAUGAUAUUUCAAUCUCCGACGUUGCACUGAAUUGCACCGGCUCCGAAAAAAGCAUCAACGAUUGUAAAUACAGUACGGAUGUCACCAAUUGUACCAGUGUUUUAUAUAUUCGUUGUCAGCCCGCAGUUCGGUUCGUUGACGAUGACUGUUCAUCAAGAGGAAGAGUGGAAGUCUAUAGCUAUGGCUCUUGGGGACCCGUUUGUGAUGAGGAUUUUACAAUGGAAGAUGCAACCCUCGUCUGCCAAAUGCUCGGAUUAGACUUCGAAGAUUUCCUGUCCGGGGGCCAGUCGGUAUCCGUAGGAUCCUCUCUUCCCUCGAUAUUGAACAAUCCACGUUGCACAAAUAAGGACACAGAUAUCAGGAGCUGCCUUCAACAUGGAAAUGCAACCUGCAGUAUAUACGCCGCAGUCAGAUGCACAGAUCCCCUUAAUGAAUGCUCUUCGGAACCAAAUGUAGAUUUUUCAUUCUCCUGGAGUUCCAGUGCGGACAUCCGUUCUCCACAACAGUCACCAACACCUGACACUAGCAUAUCCAAUGACCCUUCAAUCACCUGGAGUUCUGAUGGAGAUUUCAGUUCUCCACAACAGUCUUCAGCAUCUGUCACUACUCCGAUAGCCCAGUCAGUUCAUUCAUCUAUGGAAUCUCGAAGUACUCAAGCAAGCAAUUUUGAUGACCCUUCAAUCACCUGGAGUUCUGAUGGAGAUUUCAGUUCUCCACAACAGUCCUCAGCAUCUGUCACUACUCCAAUAGCCCAGUCGGUUGAUUCAUCUAUGGAAUCUCGAAAUAGUCAAGCAAGCAAUUUUGAUGACCCUUCAAUCACCUGGAGUUCUGGUGGAGGUUUCAGUUCUUCACAACAGUCUUCAGCAUCUGUUACUACUCCGAUAGCCCAGUCAGUUCAAUCAUCUAUGGAAUCUCAAAGUACUCAAGCAAGCAAUUCUAAUGUGCGACUGGUCAACGGAAGUACUUCAGAAGAAGGGAGAGUUGAGGUCUACAUCAAUGGAAGAUGGGGUACUGUGUGUGAUGACUCAUGGGAUGAUACUGAUGCUACAGUUGUCUGUCAAAGUCUUGGAUUGGGCCCUGGCACGGCAUAUGGAUACGCUAACUUCGGACAAGGGUCAGGUGAUAUCCUCCUGGAUGAUGUAUUGUGCACUGGAAAUGAAACAAAUCUCCUUGAAUGUGCUAAUCUUGGAAUCGGCGUUCAUAACUGUGAACACGAUGAGGAUGCCGGGGUCGUCUGUUCAACAGGCGAAACCAUCGACAUCGAUAACAAGAUGCCCGCGACAGACGGCAUCCUCACCGACGAUGAGGACAUGGUGGAAGGGAGCGGUUCCGGCGGCGGCGGUGAAGUUUCUCCAGACCAGGCGGUUGAUCCGACGUGUGAUAAUUGGUCAUGUGAAAACGGGGGAACGUGUUACAUGGUACGGGAUACCCCCAUGUGCGCAUGCACACUGGGAUGGGAAGGGGCAAUCUGCGCGGAGGGCGCAACCGUCGACAUCGACAGCGAGAUGCCCACGACGCUCGGCAUCCUCACCGACGACGAGGACAUGGUGGAAGGGAGCGGUUCCGGCGACGGUGACUACAGCGGCGAAGGUCGAGCAGAACCGGUGGCUUAUAUGACGUGUUAUAAUUGGCCGUGUGAGAACGGGGGAACGUGUUACAUCGUACGGGAAUCCCCAGUGUGCACCUGUAAACUGGGAUGGCAAGGGGCGAUGUGCACCAAUGCUACAAAUAAGGAACCCAUCAACGAAGCAAUCAAUGAGAUAGUGAAUAAAACAAUCACAGCUGAAAAUAUAGAAGGAAUAUCAGAAGAAUUGGCAAAUAUCACAGAAACGUCAGUUGGAUUCGAUGAAGAAGCUUUGCAAUCCGUCUCUGACAAAUUGACUAGUAUCGCUGGAUUUGCAUCAGACCAGAACUUAACUGAAGAUACCGUUGUGCAAGUAUCGGGAAGUGUGAUAGAAACAGUGGAUAAUAUCUUAAAUCUAGAAGAUGAUACCUUCGAGACAGCGGGCGCCCAAGAGACUUCAAAGAACAUUCUGUCGACUAUAUCUACAAUUACCGAAGCAAUUCAAAGAACAUCUGCCAAAAAUUUCACGUACAGUGGAUCAAACAUUGUACUAGCUGCCGUCAAAGUAGACAGGGCCAGUUUCCCACUCAGGACAGCCAUUGGUGGAGACGGGAAUGACGUAGUCGAUAUAUCAACCAAUGAUCAGAAUCAUGAUAAUAUGGACGACGUAGCGUCCGUUCUACUACCGGAAGCAAUUCUGCAGUCAGUACCAGAUGAAGGUGGGGCCGUAUCCGUUAGUGUCUUUCUUAUGACGUCACCCAAGCUCUUCCAGGGUGACGACACGUCGUCAUCAAUUUCUCCGUCGUUAAGAGGCAAGGAGAAUCAGCAGCCUGAGACAAUGUCAGUCGUUGCUUCCCCUGUCCUGAGUGUGACCGUUGAGGGCGCUGAGAUCAAAGAUCUUCCUAACAGUGAAGCAAUUGUCUUUGAAUUUCCAGUCAACAUGAGUUUGGCUAGAGAAUUCAAUGACCCCGAUAUCCGUGAAAACUGUGUUUAUUGGAACGUCGAAUUGGCAAGAUGGUCAAAAGAAGGGUGUAAAACUGACAACACUAAUACUACCUUUACAAGCAUGGUGACAUGUCGGUGUAAUCAUCUCACAAGCUUCGCUGUUCUAUUGGAUAUCAAGGGAAGCGUUGAAUCUCGAGUCAUUGAUCUGAUCAGUCGCAUUGGUUGCAUCGCUUCUAUAAUCUGUCUAAUUCUCACACUUUGUAUUCUUCUAGGUUUUAGAAAACUGCGGAGGAAGCAGCCACAACAGAUCCUUAUUAAUCUGACGUUUGCCCUUCUUGCCCUUUACGUCACAUUUGUGAUUGGUAUUGAUCGUCCUAACUGGAACAGGGGGUGCAUGAUAGUUGCUAUCCUGCUUCACUACUUCUGUCUUGCAUCCCUCUCUUGGAUGGGCGUCGAAGCAUUCAGUAUGUACAUGUCCUUCGUCAGGGUUAUGGACACCUACAUCCCAAAGCUAAUCUUCAAAUGUUGUCUCGUCGGGUGGGGCUUCCCCAUGGCAGUGGUCAUACCAACAGUUGCCAGCAAAUGGACUGCAUACCGAAAUUUUAAAUAUUGCUUCAUUUCACCUGGACCCUCGUUAUACUUUGGGAUGAUUCUUCCAAUUGGUGUGAUCCUGGCCUUCAAUAGCAUCAUCUUUACUAUCGUCAUCUACAAGCUUACCUGUGGAAGAAAGACCUUCGCUGCUAGAAACACCGGGAUGUCUAAGAAAGAAACCAUGGCGAAGGCCAGGGAAGAAGCCAUCCGUCGGGCUCAAAACGUUGUUGCAAUCGGAACACUGCUUGGUCUCACAUGGUCAUUUGGCUUCCUGGCUGUAGGUAAUGGUCGCGUGGCAUUCAAUGCCCUGUUCGCCAUAUUCAACUCCCUUCAAGGUGUCUUUGUCUUCUUUCUCUUUGGUAUUAGACAGCCGGAAGUGGGUGACAAACUGAGGACCACUCGGAUGCGUUUGUUGCAUGGCGUUAGAUCAGCGCGUAGAGGUUCCGAUUUCUGGAGCUCAUCUUUUGACGGGCACACUACUUCUCGGCCAUCUGUCGUCUCCUUCGUCUCGCAGUCUCCCAGAUCUACCAAUGAACCAAUGCAUGAGAUACGCUUAGAACAAGGGCCUAUUGCAAAUUCUGAGACAUGUGAUACUUUUUUGUAGAUUACGAUGGAUGAGCUAUAUGUAUGACUCGUGGAAUUUCGGGUCUAUUAUCUGUACUAUUACGUGUUUUCAUUCCAAUUGAUUCCAGACUCCAGCAGAGAUAAAUUUGAUGUCAACAUUAAGUAAAACAUUGUACCAGUCAGAUGUGCAACAGCAAACUUUCAACCAAAUUCCAACUCGGCUGUUCCAUAAAAUCAACAAAAAAGAACUCAACGAGAUACCGUGCAGAUACGUAUACUUGUUAAUGAUGUUUACAGUUUACUGAUGAAUGUGACACUGCACGACCCUUUUCUGGUCAGUGGUCAACGUCUUUUAGUUUCUUCCUCUUUUUUAGCACAUGUAGCUUGACUUUAAAGACCGAGUCCGGUCAUGUCAAUUUAUCAGGAAUUCAAGCUCACUGGUGCAUUGUCCGCUAGAUUAAUUCUUUGAUUUGGGCCGAGUUAAAACAUCAGGCUUAGAUCUACUACAGUGGUAUGAAACAGGGCGGCUGGAUGGUAGCCUAGCAAUUGAACAGCGUGCUAUUGUUGGUGAACUAGGUCUUUGUGUCGAACCAGGUCCAGAACCAAUUCAGAUAUGUGAUGAUUGUGACCCGUAGCAUCAGGUGCAGAAUAGUUUUCCCUACAUGUAGCAUUGGGAUAAUACCAUUCGAAGAUGAAGAUAGCUACUCUGAUGUUACCUUUGUGUCUCGAUAUACCUUCAAAGGGUGUAUCCCGACAUAGCUUUCCUAAAUCUUCCCGUUAUGUGAGUUACUGCACACAAAUGUUAUGUCAGCUACUCGAAAUUUAACAAAUAAGAACCGAUCCGGUAGGCUUUACAUGUACAUGUAGCAAUGGGCAUACAAUCAUUUUCUUAUGGUUGGGGGAUCAUCAUGAAAUAAUAACAAUACAUAUCUUCACCCUUAAUCUAAAUUAAGAGAGGAGCCACAAACAUUUAGCCAUCUAAUUUACAGGGAAAAGUAUCACUUCCUACAGUUGGUUUUAUUUCUCAUGUUUUUUCUUCAAUCAAUGGGAUUAUCUGUGACAGGUUUUCAAAUUCCCAUGCUUUAACGAACCGAUAUUUUUUUUUAUGUAUGUAAUAUAGGCUGGUUUGCGUGCUAGUAUAUGAUAAAUGUAUUUAAAAAGUAAAUAUUUUACGUAUUGUUACCUGUGGCAUUGUUUAACUAAAUGAUAACACUAAUCUAAAAUUCGAUUAUAAUCAUGAAUCUGACACUUGUACUGUGUUUUAGAUCAUUUUAUUUUUUUGUGUGUGUAUCCGAUUUUUAAGAAAAAGGAGGAGCGCCGCCGAUGGAAAUUUACUAUCUUUUACUCACUUUUGACUGAUUUUUGUUAGAGUGUAUGGGUCAUGAUAAACUUAAUGAUGUCAUUCGAUUUGGUGAGAGAAAAAAAAUCGUCAUGGAAUUGAUAUGUAGUUGCAAUGCACGACAAUUUAUCCAAGGUAGAGGGAUGAUCGUGAAUAAAUCCCAUAA